GAGGCAGUUCUUUACAUGCAUUCCUAAAAUGGCAGAGAGUUCAAAAAAUCUGUUCAGUUCUUUGUUUUGUUUCUAGUAGGCAAUGCUCAUCGGAUGGAAAACAAUUUCAGACUGGGACUACAGGAUGCAAAUUUAAUGGCUUGAGGAAUCCCUGCAAGGAUAACUCAGAGCACAUUCGUGAGAGGAACUUUUUCAUCUGAUUUUGUUUCAAGACUGUCAGUAUUAGCAGAAUCAGGUGAUAAUUUCCGUGUUGCAUGCUACUUCAUGAGAAGACACAUAAACCUCCGAUGUCUUUUGAAGGAUCAACACCGUGAGCUACGUAUAUUUCCUGACAGAUUAGUUGUCUGCAUGAGUGCAAAUGAAACAAAAUCUGUUAACUGGAACCAGGAAAGGCAAGCACUGGGUGGAAAAGACGGCAGUGGCUUUUCACAAUAUUUUGCUGGAUGUGAAGAUAAAGAAAGACCAAAUGUUUCCAUGACUGUGCAGAAAAAGGAAACUACUUUAAAACGCAUUGUCAAGAAAACAGAAGCUAGAACAGAUAAAGAAAACAAGCCUGAAAUGAGCCUUAGUAUCUCAAGGGGGUCUGUAAUCUCAGAAGGGAGUAGGGCAGAUGAUAUGGUACAGACGUUAAUGACUGCAACAGUUCACAGUGUCAGUAAUGAAAUGAAAUAUACACAGCAACAAGAACACUUCUUAGAGAAAGUUGAGAACUGCUCCCAGCUUCAUAUUUUAGAAACUAAAUAUUCUGUUGAUGAGAGGCAGACAGAUCAAACCACUGGCCAAAUGCUGCCUUGUGCUGUAGAUGAGCCAAAUACAGAAUCUGAAAAAAGAAACUCAUUUAGCAGUGGAAUAACACUACCAAAUCCAAACCAUUCUGAAGCACCAGGUAGAACAAACAGUAAACAGAAAAAGCACUGUUCUGAGGACAAGACGUGUGAUGCAGAGAGAGCAUCCCUUGGAAAAGAGGAACUAAAUUCCAGUGAGAAUAAGCUCUUCCCUUCUAAACUAGCAGUGAAAAUAAGUCCCGUUAAGUCUUUAUUACAAACAUCUAUGAGGAAGUCACCCUCACAAUCCAGCUUUUACACUAAGAAAGACUUGGUUAAAACCACAUCGGAUGAAGAGUUGCUUACUUUGGAAAAAUUUCCCUUGAGAUCACUCUUCAUGAAAAAUAACACUGAAAAGACAAACCAAAACAAGCCAACCGCAAACAGAGAUGAAUUAUCUUUAGUGCCUAUAUCCUCUCACUCAGAAAUUAAGUGCAGGCCUUCAGAAGAAUUUUUCCAGGAAAAAAUGGAAUGCGUAGAAUAUGUGCCCAGAAAACUGAAACUUCAGAGACAGAAAAAGCCUUAAAAUUUGAAGUUGUAUGUCAAUUAACACUUUGAAGAUUGGUUAAAAAAACAUCCCUGCUUUUUCCAUAUGAAAAGCUGUAUUUCCAUACUGUGUUUUCUGAUUUACUUAACAUGUAUGACUUUUUAAUGUAUGAGUAAAAAAUAGUUAUAAGCAUGUAGUGCAAAUUUUACAGCUGUUACAAAACAGAUCCCUGUCAUGUUAUAUAAUUGUAUUUUGAUUUGGUCUAAUACAUUCUUUUUACCUGUUUUUUUCAUUUGUGAAAUUCUAGUAGGACUUACUCAGAAAAUCAGCAAUUUUCUUAUACAUGUCUGAUAAAAGAAACUUGUCUUUGUGCUGUUGAGAAUGCAGUUAUUGUUUACAGAGAAGUGAAAUACUCUUCUGUGAAAAGAUGUUUGCUGAAGUAGCUCUCUCAAUUCGACAAAACAAGAUUAGAUGCAUGGUAUAACUUUUAACAGUGCAUUCUUAAGCCUUCUGUAUAUAGUUUGAUCAUUACAGGUUUUGAGGUUAAUUUUUGGAAAACAUAAACACUUCUAAAUUACAUAUGCACAUCGGAGUUAACCUGAAAUGGAUUUUACAGUUCAGGUAUUGAGUUUUAAUAGAGAUGAACAUUUUGCUUUUGUACUAGUGAUCGUUUUUCAUGGUUUGCCUCACUUCAGCUUGUUUAUAAUAGAAUUAAAAUAUUUUUUAAACAUGA